UUCAGUGUGCUGUCGGCCAUCGCGGGUUGCGGUUGUCCCUUUGACAUUCGAUUUACUUUCUCACAUAAUCCCAAAUAUUUACAAUUAAUAAUAAUCACGUGAACUAUGGACAGCAGUAAAAAAUACGACAAUCCAAAUCCCCGGAAAACGGCGAAUCCACUCAGCAAAUUAAUUUUUUGGUGGCUCAAGCCUUUAUUCACAUACGGAAAAACAAACGAUCUGGUGACAAAGGAUUUAUACAAUAUUCUGCAACCGGAUCUCAGUGAGCCCCUUGGAGAUGCCCUAGAGAAGAAUUGGAAUAAAGAAUUGAAACGAGCGAACGAUGAGGAUAGAAAGCCAAAAUUAUUUACAGCAAUACGAAAAACAUUUCUCUGGUCCUACAUUUACUACGGUGCAUGGAAAUUUUUGGAUACAUCAUUACGAGUCUUGCAGCCUUAUACACUUGGUCUUCUUAUCAAUCACUUUGCUCCCCUAUCAAAUGUCACGACAGCUGAGGCGUACAUGUAUGCCUCAGGUGUCGUAAUAAUGGCCAUUGUAAUUGCACUUAUCGAUCAUCACGUGAACAUGGGACAGCUGGAAAUGGGAAUGCGUCUGCGAAUAGCAGCAUCGUCGUUGGUGUACAGAAAAAUUCUGAGACUCUCCAGAUAUUCAUCGAACGAGACAACUGGAGGUCGAAUAGUGAAUCUUCUGUCGAACGACGUUGCAAGAUUCGAUCAAGUCUUCAUAUUUCUUCAUUACAUCUGGAUAAUGCCAAUUCAGGGAGCAGCAAUUGCUUAUUUGAUUUGGCAAAACGUUCAGGUAGCAACACUGGCUGGAAUUUUACUGAUUACCAUCCAGACAAUUCCCCUUCAGGGAUAUCUCAGCAAUUUGACACUGAAAUUACGGGGAAAGAUAGCUGUACGGACUGAUGAACGCGUGAGAUUGAUGAGCGAAAUAAUUACUGGUGUCCAGGUGAUUAAGAUGUACACGUGGGAGAAGCCAUUUCAAGAGCUUGUGUCAUUUGCUAGGAAACACGAGAUUGAUGUGCUCAGCGUUAUAUCAUAUCUUCGAGGAUUUCACAGAGCAACAUUCGUCUUCACCGAGCGUACGACCCUUUAUUUCACUGUAAUGGCAUAUGUUCUUCUGGGGAACGUGAUAUCAGCUGACAAGGUGUUCUCAAUGGCGCAAUAUUUCAAUCGCCUCCAGUGCACAAUGGCGAUAUUUUUCCCCCUGGCAAUAACAUUUGCGUCUGAAGCUGCAGUCACCAUAAAUCGUCUUGAAAACUUCUUGAUACUGAAGGAGAAUCAUCCACUUGCCAUUCAGCAAUCUCCAAUCGAAAUUACAUCCAUUAAGAUGAAAGAGGUGAGUGCAUCCUGGAACGAGGGCCUCAUCGUCAAUACUCUCCACAAUAUUAAUGUGACGAUUAAACCUGGGACAUUGACUGCUGUUGUUGGUCCUGUGGGCUCUGGCAAGUCUUCUCUGCUCCAGCUGAUUCUGGCGGAGCUUCCAGCAGCUCAUGGUCAUGUUGCAGUGGGUGGAACUUUGUCGUACGCCAGUCAGGAGCCCUGGCUAUUCGCAGAGAGUGUGAGGAAUAAUAUAUUAUUUGGUGAACCAUACGACGAAGUGAGGUAUCGACAAGUCGUGAAAGCUUGCUGCUUGCUCAAAGAUUUUGUUCAACUGCCUCAGGGUGAUAAAACACUUGUCGGUGAACGUGGAUCAUCCCUCAGUGGUGGACAACGAGCUAGAAUUAAUCUAGCUCGAGCUGUUUAUCGAAGAGUUGACAUCUAUCUCUUUGAUGAUCCCUUGUCUGCGGUUGAUACACACGUGGGGAAGAGUCUGUUCGAGGGAUGCUUCAAGGAAUAUUUAGCCAACAAGACGAGAAUCCUCGUGACUCAUCAGGUGCAGUUCUUGAAGCAGGUUGAUCAUAUUAUUAUGCUGAAUAAUGGCGUCAUUGAGAAACAGGGGAGCUAUCAGGAUUUUCAGGAGAACGACUUCAAACUUAUGAAUCAUCAUGAAUCAAAUGAAGAGCAGAAGGAGCAUGUGGGCGACGGAGAGUUGAGUCCAGUGUCAGAAGUCGCUUAUUUCUCUGGUAAAAAUGAUGAAGUUGAUGAAGAACCUGAUGAGACUGAAGAACUAAUGGCCAAGGGGAAGAUCGCGUCGUCUUUGUUGUGGCAGUAUUUCAGGGCUGGUAGCAGUUAUUUCGUUCUCUUCGCGUUCGUUUUGUUUCUCAUUCUGGGACAAUUGGGGAGCAGUGGCUCUGAUUACUGGGUCGCACAUUGGACUAAGCAGGAGGAAAUCAAGUUGGAAAAUCCUAUGAAGCAUUAUUCACCGAAAACAAAUGGAGAAAAUGGAUCUAGACUUACUCAUGACUUCCCGUUUAACGGAAACAUUCGCAGUGGGACCGAAUCAUCUCAUUUAGUCAGUAAUUCCACAUUCUUUAAAUAUUCCAAUCAGUAUUAUGACAGAGAUACUGCACUCUGGAUUUAUGGAGUCUUCAUAGCAGGGUCUGUUAUCUUCACUACAGCCAGAAACAUAAUGUUCUAUAAAAUUUGCAUGGAUUCCAGCAAAAAUCUCCACAAUCUCAUGUUCUCCUGUCUGCUGAAGGCUCCAAUGAGAUUCUUCGAUACCAAUCCCUCAGGGCGAAUUCUCAAUAGAUUUUCAAAAGACAUCGGCUCUGUUGAUGAACUUCUUCCAAUGGCCUUGAUCGAUGCGAUCCAAAUAUUCGCGGUAAUGACUGGAAUUCUCGCCCAAGUUCUCAUAAUCAAUUGGUGGACAUUAUUCCCGAUAGUAAUAAUGGGUUACUUGUACUGGAAAAUAAAGACAUUGUACUUGGCAACUGCUCAGGAUAUCAAACGAUUGGAAGGCAUCACAAAGAGUCCGGUGUAUUCACACGUCAAUGCAUCAUUAGCUGGACUGGCAACAAUUAGAUCAGCUAAUGCACAGAAAAUGUUGGCUAAAGAAUUUGAUAGUCAUCAGAAUAUUCAUACAGCUGCCAACUCACUUUUGAUCUCAACUAGUACAGCUUUUGGACUUUGGCUCGAUGCUGUUACUAUCGUAUUUGUUGCCUUUAUCACUUACAGCUUCAUUAUUCUGAAAAAUGAGGGAACCUUCGCUGGGAAUGUCGGUCUGGCUAUAUCACAGACUUUAAUUCUUUGUGGUAUGCUGCAGCAUGGAAUGCGUCAGACUGCGGAAACUGUGGCACAGAUGACGUCUGUGGAACGAGUGCUCCAGUUUACUCAACUGGAUAAGGAAGGACCGUUCGAGAGUGAAACGAAUUAUAAACCCCCAGCAACUUGGCCGAGUCAAGGACACAUCAAGUUUGAUCACGUUUAUCUUAAGUAUUCAGAACAAGAUGCGCCUGUUCUUAAGGAUUUGAAUAUCGUUAUUGAACCAGGCAUGAAGAUUGGAAUUGUUGGUCGCACAGGAGCGGGAAAAUCCUCUCUAAUUUCUGCUCUCUUCAAUCUAGCAACACUCGAGGGGAAGAUUUAUAUUGACAAAAUCGACACAAAAAGUAUCGGCCUGCACGAUUUGAGGCGUACGAUUUCCAUAAUACCGCAGGAGCCAAUGCUGUUUUCAGCAACACUCCGUGACAAUCUUGAUCCCUUCCAUCAAUUCAAUGACGAUGAACUGUGGUCAGCACUGGAAGAAGUCGAGCUAAAAAGUAGCUGUCAAUCCCUGGAUCAUCCAGUCAGCCAGGGUGGAGCGAAUUUCAGUGCUGGCCAGCGACAACUACUCUGUCUAGCCCGAGCUAUCACCAGAAAAAAUCGACUUCUUGUGCUAGACGAGGCAACAGCUAAUGUUGAUCCUGCCACUGAUGCCCUCAUCCAAAGGACAAUCAGAGAUAAAUUUAAAGACUGCACUGUUUUAACAAUAGCUCACAGACUGAAUACUGUUAUGGACAGUGAUAAAAUCCUGGUGAUGGAUCAUGGACAAGCAGUGGAAUACGAUCAUCCUCAUGUACUUUUACAGAAGAACGAUGGAUACUUAACGAGAAUGCUUAAUGAGACUGGUGCUUCAAUCACCAGCAAUUUGAAGAGAAUAGCUGAAGAAACUUUCAAUCAGAAGGUGGAGAAUCCUCAAGAUGCUCAGGAACAGGAUUAACUGUACUAAUAAUUAUUUUCGAUGGUUUAUAAUAUAUUUAGUAUCAAAUAGGAUUUUUCCAAUUGAACGAACAUGACAUUGUGGCUCUACUACUUAAAGAAUUCGUCCAUUACAAUUUCUAAUUAUCAUAUGUACUAAUACUUCAAUGCGAUUCAAUUAUGUGGUCUGUACAACCAAACGAUUAGCACUUGAGCGAAAACUUGUCGAUAACUCAAUUAUUUGAACGAAGUUCAAUUGUAACUCAAAGUUUAUUCUCGCACAUCAAUGUUUAUUUCUAAAAGAAAAA